UCCCGACACAGUCCCUGUUCAGAACUAGACGUGUACAGAACUAUAACCGAAGACCAGCCAUAGUCGAGCAAUUGUCCUGUACCGAGGGAAGGCAGAAAAGGUGACCGGUAAGGAUAAGCAUCGAGGAGACACGUGGUGGUAGCGCCGAAGAGGAAAAAAUAUCGGGAAAGAGAGGCAUAGUUUGAACCACUGUGGAGCAGAGAGUUCAGAGAGCAGACGAAGGAUACAAGAAAAGCAGCAGCGGUCCUGUUGAAAGCGUAAAGUUUUUCCUGUAUCUAAUGUGUGCCCCGCCCUGAGUGUCAGAGAGUUAAAAAACAGUUUUUUACUGCACACAUCUUAUAAUUUUCCGUGAAAAAAAUAUUGUCACCUAACACCAUUGGUAAAAACAAUUCUGUAUAAACCUAUUCAGUAAAAUAUCCGUGCUUCAUUGUUAUCUUAAUUGGUGCCAGUCUACAUUCGAGACAAACCGCAGUCAAAAAAGUUGUGUUCAUUCAGUGAGAGAGCAGCGAGAGUAGUAGCUGUAACGGAGAAAAUUUUCACGUAUCCUAGAGUCAGUCAUACCGCAGUCGUUGGCGAACACUAACGCGAUUUCGGAAAGAAGAAGAUCAGUGAAAAAACAUAAUAAUACAAGAAACACACAACCAAAAAGUGAAAACUAAUUUGAAAAUCGGACUUGUGUCUCUCGUGGCAAUAAAAGGAAACAAAAGUCCAAUCUAGUGAUCCCAAAACAGCUACAAAAUGUUGAUUGGAUUAGUCCGAGAUUCCGUUAUGCAGUGCUUCUGCCACACGUGCCGAGCACCGAUUCUGCCGGCAGUCAAUCGUCGUUCAGUCCCACUAAAGAAACCGACCAAAGCCCGCACCAAGCAGCCAAAAGCAUCGAAGAAAGUGAAAUUCAUCACUACCGAAAUCCGAUGCCAGGAGAAAUCGAAAGGUGGUCUGUGCUACGAGGUUAUCCUUGCGGAACCCGCCGCCAACGUGUCUCUACCGAAACUGCCACCUACCUCAGUUAAGCCUGUGUCUGCCGAGGAGAUCGAAGAGAAGCUGAAGGCUGCCGAGGAGAGACGCCUAUCGCUGGAGGCCAAAAAGAUGGCGGAUUGGUCCGCCAAGAUGGCUAAGAUUGAGGAAGCCAGCCGCAAGAAGGACGAAUUGGACAAAGAAUUCAAAACGAACGCGAAGGUGGUCCUAGAAUCGAAGAUGGAACAGUACGAAGAAAAGCGGGAAGCACAAAUCACUGAAAUUAAAGAAAAGUUGAAGAUGCACACUGCGGAAAUCGAAAAGACACGGCACAGCCUGGAACACACAAAGUCUGAGGAGCUCAAGAUGCAGCUCGAGGAUAAACUGCGAACCGCUGCCACGCUGCGUGACGAUAAAAUUAAGAAAAUUCUGGACCGAUUGAAGGAACAUAACACCGAUAAACUGAACGAAGUGCGAGCCACCGUGGAUAUGCUCGAAUCGCAGAAAACCGAAGAGAAGACCCGUAUUAUCGAGAACAAACUGUCCACUGCAGAGCAGAACCGCGAGAAGGAAAUCCAGAAGAAACUGGAUAACAUUCGUAAACACGAGCGACGCGCGGAAAUUGUGCGCCAAAACAAGGCAGCUAUCGCCAACCAAAAAACCGAUGAUAACAUUACCGCAUCAUCAGGUUAAGGCAUCUAACCAUCUUACGAGCUUCCUUUUUAUCCCCUCUCUCUAUGAAUUGCAACCGUGAAACAAAGAUCCUCCAAACAACAACCUCCGAUGGAAUAAAGGAGAAAAAUUCAAUGUGGAUCAUAUAUAUAUAUAUAUAGAUAAAAAAACGCCCAAAACGAGCAAAAUGCAAAGCCAAGUAGCAUAAACAGCGUUCAAUCACCGAUUUGAUGUAAUGGCAAAAUUCAACAACAAUACAAAUGUAAUGAUAAUAUCUGCUGCGGAUUUCAAACUGCAAGCAAUGCGCAAUGCAAAAACGCUGCGACCAAAUCAAACCUGUUUAUUGAUCAAACCAUUUGAGGCCCCAUUUGCAACCCAAAAAACAAGGAUAGAUAGAUAGAGAAAACAAAACAAUACUUCUUUGAAUUGAGAAAUUAUGCUGAAAUGAAAUGAAACAAAAAAUUAAAUGCUACCUUUUCAAAAGGCUACUGUUACUGAAAGAGUUAUACACAAACAAAAUUCACACCAACACGCUAAAAAAACUGAACGAACAAAAUCGGCACACACUCAAUGUUUUUUUUUAUUCACAACUAUCCCAGAAGAAAACAAUAAUUACUUAUAAUACUCAAAAUGGAACGGAAUGCAGUCUUUGUUUACCUUGGAUGGAAAAUAUCAAACAAAUAAACGUUUCACAAAAAAAAAGAAGAUAACACGAGCAGAGAAGAGAAGUAAAUGAAAUUUAAUGUAAAACCAUUGUAACUCCAUAUAACCUGGCAAAUUCUUCUAUAUAUUGAAUUAAUCGAAAAUAAACAUAAAAUCUCUUGUUGCAUUGCAUAACCGAUCGGUGGUCACCCCCCAAAACCCAACCCGUUCGCGUAAUUGAUCUAGAGCCUUGUGUUUAGUUUCGAGUCUUUGCUUUCUUUGUGGCGAGAGCCAUCCAGUUUCCAGUUUCCUUGCAAAGUGCGACAGUAUGUAAUGUAAGAAAAAAAAUGCAUCCGCUAGAAGCCACAACAAAAAAAAGAUGCGAAACAAUAGGAACAAUAUAAGAAGCCGGUCGUCCAACAAAAAGAAAAACAAAACAAAUUAACAUCCGAACAAAAAAAAAUUAAAACUGCCCAAACACAAAUAAAAAUUUAGAUAUAAACAAUAGCGGAAAAUGUGAACACUAGCUCGAAGCACGCACGGACAUCGGAAUAGAGGGGAGCUUUAAAACGAGGGGAUAUCGUUCAACCGGAAGUAAGGAAUAUUACAUUUAGCGACAUUUGGUUAAUUUGAUAUUGGUUGCAUUGGAAUUCAGUAAUUCAAUAAAAACAUCCAGCAGCUUGGAAUAUAUCCAACCUUCUUCAAAUUCUGACAAGAAAAUAAUAAUUUUGCAAUGGCAAACACAAACAAGUGGAAAAUUUUAGAUAGGACCGUGUAUAGAAUGUAAUGAAUUGAAACGCAGAAAACGAUUAUUGAGGGAUUGAACGGGAAUUGCGAGGUCGUUAGUUUCACAAAGAGAAAUCGGCUAAAAGGAAGCAAGUUUGUGUUGAUUUUAAUUCUAGCUAACCCCUUAAUGUAGGCGAAGUUUUGAUUACUCUAUUAUAAUUAUAAACACUAACGAGGAAAAAAAAGCUUCCGCGUAGAAACAUUUUACUUGCAUUCAUAUUAUAUCGCCUGUGAGCAGUCUUUUUUAUUAUUGAUUCUGAAACCAAUUAGCGAUUAUUACAUUUAUACCAUAAGCAAAGUAAACAGGUAAGAUGGGGAACGUUCAGUGUUCCUUCUUAAUCCGUUGGAAAAAGACACUAAAAUUAAUCUUGAUUUUUUUUUGUAUUAAGAUUUUGCUGAUCCCUUAUAGAGCAUUGUAUGAAAAUACUGCAAGAUAUUGAAGAAUGAAAAAGAAAGCUAACGUAAACGAAAAAAAAAACUUAUGAAUGUGGUUUGGAAUUGGAUUGAGCCAUACGAAAGCAGAAUCGGUUCGACAAAAACCUUCAGUGCACGCUGUGAAUUGGCCGAAUGUGAGCGAAAAAAGAUAUUGUAGAAAUUAGAAUGCUAAAUUUGUGAGUAAACAUCCGCCUUGUGUAAAAUAUAAUACCUUAACCGCUUUGUCAGUAUUGAGUCAAAACGCUACAUGAACAUUAACCCCCAGAAAUGAAGCCUUCAUGUGUUAAUUUUUAUUAUUUUUCUUCUUCUAUUAAUAACUGUUUUUCAUUUCCUUUGCUUAGUUAGAACCCGCUUUGCAAAAAAAACAAUAAAAAAACGAUGAAUGUUGACAUCGCACAGCAAGCAAGCAGCAGAAAGUGGUCCCUAGUCCGGACAAUAAUAAGAUUAUUUCUUCGAAAUCAACCCCAAAUCCACAACAACGGAAGAAUAUAUAAUAUAUUCUUAUAUAUAUGGAUAUAUGAAUGAAACGUAACGCGUCGUAGUGCUUGCUAAGGAACAAAAUUCCCAAACAACGGAAAUAUGUUCAUAAAAUAGCUCAAAUAAAGUUAUAAGAAGCGAUAUGCAAAAGAGGAGGGAUCGUGAUUAGGGUUAUAAACUGAGCAGAGACUGGUUUACUGAAAAAGUGAAACACACAAAACGAACAUUACAAGAUUUGAGCGAGUGCUUCAUGAAUUGAUAGUUUAGUCUUGCUUUUUUCCUAGGUUUGACUCCUGUCAAAAAAAAAACCAAGCAAACACUUGUCAACAAAUCGUUGUAAGAAAUUGAGGAAGAUCCGCGUGGGUGAAAGUCUUUCUCCCCUUCUUAUUAUCCCUUGGUGAGAAAGGACAAAACGCCAUAUAUCCACUUCAUAAAAAGAAAAGAAAAACAAAUCUUUUCGAAAUGUAAGAACAAACGAAAAGUGUAUCGAAACUUAUCUAUCAAAACGCAUAUACAAUUAUCAUGAUUAAUAUAUAACUAUAUAUAUAUAUAGCACAAGCAAGCUUCUGUGAUGGGUUUCAUUCAUAUUUUUAAAAGACAACCGUGCAAGAGCAAGCAAGAUCGGCGAUGAUAAACGAUGCUUAAAAUUAAAAAAAAGAGAAUAAAGGUUCAACACCAAGCACAGAGACAGCUAGCAAAUCAAGAACGGCAGCGUCGAGUUGAACAUGAACAAGAACAGAAUUCUUACAUAAAACGAAGAACAAAAAAAAUGCAUAAUGAUAAAAAAAGUUCAGCUGAAACCUAAUAAAUACACAAACAAACACACACUCACACAAUGGGGGAAAGUAAAAUGAAAGCGAACAAGAACAAUUUAGUGUACAAUACAGAACAAACAAGUGGAAUAUCAAAACUAAAACUUGAUUUCAAAUAAAGACAAAAACCGACACAGAGUGUGUGUG